CUCAGAGACAAACCGGAAGCGGAAGUCCCCUUCUGUUUUUUCUCAGGCUGAGUUCUUCCUCCUCCCCUCGGUCCUCACAAACAGGCAGGAACUGGACUUUUAAAACAUGGAGUACAAACUGAUCAUGGCUGUGUCCAGGUACCCGAGCCUCUACGACCCGAGCUGCCUGACCUACAGAGACCUGAACAUGAGGAGCGACUCCUGGAGGCAGGUCUCUGAGCUGGUCGGGGUCCCCGAGUCUGAGUGCAGGAGGAAGUGGAAGAUGCUGAGGGACCAACACCGCAGGGAGAGGCAGCGAGAGAAGGACCGGCGAGAGAGCGGCAUCGGGCUCCUGAACUACAGGCCGUGGAGGUACUCCGCCAUCCUGUCCUUCCUGAACCCGUUCAUCGACGCCAGAGCGGCGGGAACCAACGGCUGGGCCCUGGACCCCCAGCCCUCGUACUUCCAGCCGUCUGACCUGGUCGGCUGCAGCACGACCACCGAAGCACGGAGCGACGACGACGAGAACUACGGCAUCGCUGUCGCAGACGCUACAACAACAACAACAACAUCGUCUUCGUCGUCCUCAGAGUUCAUCCAGAGGAAGAGACCGUCCUCUGCCCACAUGGACGCCCUCAGAUUCAAAGAGGCGAAGAUGGAGGUGACGUCAGAGACUCCUGCCGCAGAGGACGGCGCUCACACGCAACAAGUCCAGCAGGUGAACAUGAGGGAGCUGUUCGAGACCAUCAUGCAGUCCGUCACGUCUCUGGCUGCGUCUUUAGCGUCCUCGCAGUCCUCCUCGCAGCUCGCAGACCAGCUGAUGCCUCCGUCUCCCUCCGCGCUGCAGCCCGACCUGCAGACGCACCGCGGCCCGCCGCCGCCGUCCAGGCUGAGCCACCUGAAGACGGAGGAGCAGGAGGUGGUGGAGGCGGAGCUUCUGGAUCAAACAGACGGAGAGGAGGAGUUUCACACGGCGUCCCCGAGGCCGACCCGAGCCUGGAGGAGGAGCACCGACGGGCUGCUGGAGGAGUACCUGAGGAGGACGGAGGCCCGGGAGGUUCAGAGGGAGCGGGACGUGGAGAAGAGAGACGAUGUGACGCUGUUUUUACUCAGCCUGGCUCCGGCCAUGAGGAGGCUCUCUGCUGAGAAACAGUCGUGGCUGCGGACAAAGAUUCAGCAGUUUGUGCACGAGGCGGAGUUUGGAGAGAAGAACUGAUGUUUCUAUUUUACAAACACUGUUUUAUAAAUACUGUAAAGUUUACAUCUGAUCUUUGAGAACUCAUUAACACGUGAAGGACUUCAGGAAACUGUUACCAAACGUUUCUCUCCUCUUUGUGAUUUUUUCUUUGAAAUAAAUUCUGUUGUUUCUUUUUAUUUUUAUACUUCAUCUUCUGAAUCAAAGAGCUUUAAUCUUUAUGUUUAAAAUAAUAACCAUGAGUCACAUUGGAGGAUUUUCAAACACUACAAGUUUCAGACUGUCCUGAUAAAUAAUAAUAAAUAAUAAUAAUAAUCCUGUUGAAGUGUAAAGUGGCUUUUUGUAUUUGUUUUCAUUUUUACAGGGACAGAGCACAUCAAUAAAGAGUUUUAUAAACGUC